CGCCGGAAGUGGUGGGAGUCAGAAGUUUUGCGAGCCAGGGCCUGAGAGAGGUCAAGGGUCAGUGCAAAGCCAGGGAGGAGAUGGUGAAGCAGACCAUCCAGAUUUUCGCCAGGGUGAAGCCCACUGUCCGGAAGCAGCAACAAGGGAUUUAUUCCAUAAAUGAAGAUGAAAAAUUAACACCUCGCUUGGAAAUUAUCUUACCUCGUGAUUUGGCAGAUGGAUUUGUGAAUAAUAAGCGAGAAAGCUACAAAUUUAAAUUUCAAAGGAUUUUUGAUCAGGAUGCAAACCAAGAGACCAUUUUUGAAAACAUUGCCAAACCAGUUGCUGAGAGUGUCUUGGCAGGUUAUAAUGGUACCAUCUUUGCGUAUGGGCAAACAGGCAGCGGUAAGACAUUCACCAUCACAGGUGGGGCAGAGCGCUACAGUGACAGAGGCAUUAUCCCAAGGACACUGUCGUAUAUUUUUGAGCAAUUACAAAAGGACAGCAGCAAAAUAUAUACAACGCACAUUUCCUACUUGGAAAUCUACAAUGAAUGUGGUUAUGAUCUUUUGGAUCCAAGACAUGAAGCCUCCGGUUUGGAAGAUUUGCCAAAAGUGACAAUAUUGGAGGACCCUGAUCAGAACAUUCACCUGAAAAACCUGUCUCUUCAUCAGGCAGCCACAGAGGAGGAAGCUCUGAAUCUGCUUUUCUUAGGAGACACCAACAGAAUGAUUGCAGAGACUCCUAUGAACCAAGCUUCAACUCGUUCCCACUGCAUUUUCACUAUUCACUUGUCAUGCAAGGAACCAGGAGCUGUAACUGUCCGACAUGCCAAACUUCAUUUGGUUGACCUGGCUGGCUCAGAGCGAGUUGCAAAGACCGGAGUAGGGGGUCUACUACUAACAGAGGCCAAGUAUAUCAACUUGUCACUCCAUUACUUAGAACAGGUUAUUAUUGCCCUUUCAGAAAAACACCGUUUGCAUAUUCCCUAUAGGAACUCCAUGAUGACCAGCGUCCUAAGAGACAGUUUGGGAGGGAACUGCAUGACCACCAUGAUUGCAACACUCUCUUUAGAGAAAAGGAAUAUUGACGAGUCUAUAUCUACCUGCAGAUUUGCCCAACGAGUGGCACUCAUAAAGAAUGAAGCUGUUCUUAAUGAAGAAAUUGAUCCCAAACUGAUGAUAACGCGCCUACAAAAAGAAAUCCAGGAACUGAAGGAUGAACUGGCCAUCGUCACCGGGGAGCAGAGGACAGAGGCACUCACAGAAGCAGAGCUCCUUCAGCUGGAAAAACUAAUAACAUCCUUUUUGGAAGACCGGGAUCCAGAAAGUAGACUAGAGGUUGGCGGCGAUAUGCGUAAAAUUCAUCAUUGUUUCCAUCAUUUAAAGAAACUCCUGAAUGACAAGAAGAUUCAUGGAAAAAGCAUAGUCUCCUCUGAAAUCAAAGAGCAAGACUGCCAAGAACCAGUGAAUAUAAAAGAGGAAGAGUAUAAAAAGCUACAAGAUAUUCUGCAGCAGAGAGAGAAUGAAAUCAAUAUUCUGGUCAAUAUGUUAAAGAAAGAAAAGAAGAAAGCUCAAGAUGCUCGCCACUUACCCAGUAUGGAUAGCAGUGAGCUUAGACACUCGCCGAGCUCACCCUUCCCGUCUGGGAACCUAAAGAGUUCGAGGACUUUACUAGCCUCAACUCCCACACAGGCCCAGGACGUCAGCACUUGUGGGCCCAGAUCCACUUUGCUGUACAGAAAAACAGGGAUGAGAGAGGAAAUGUCAUUAGGACGUCAGGAGGCUUUUGAAAUCUUCAGGAGAGACCACGCUGACAGCGUUACCAUCGAGGACAACAAGCAGAUCCUGAAACAGAGAUUUUCUGAAGCAAAGGCUCUGGGAGAGAGUUUAAAUGAAGCAAGAAGUAAAAUUGGUAAGCAGAAGUUCCUCUUAACCCGUCGGCAUCUCCCCUCUACAGGCAUCUCAGAAAACAUAGCCACACCCUCGAUGCCAGACUCACUGGAAGAGAAGCUGCGAUCACAACUGGAGGAGGAAAAGAGAAGGUAUAAGACGAUGUUCAUGCACCUGAAGGCCCUGAAGGUGGAGAUCGAGCACUUGCAGCUGCUCAUGGACAAAUCCAAGGUCAAGCUGCAGAAAGAGUUUGAAGCCUGGUGGGCAGAGGAAGCCACCAGCCUGCAGGUAAAUCCUCCAGCAGCAAACUCACCCAGUCACAUGAAGCCCCUUCUCCAGAUGCCUGAAUCCCAGCAAGAAAGGUCCCAGCUUCUCUCAAACCCAAGUGAGGUGAAUGCCAGGAAAACGGUGCACUUGCCUGGCGCCAUCCUGCACAGCCAGGAGCAGAGCAGCACCAGCGCCCCCCUGAAAGACAGCAUCCCUGAGAAGCCAGUGUCAUCCAUCCCUCUCACCGGGGACAGCCAGACAGACUCCGACAUCCUGGCAUUCAUCAAGGCCAGACAGAGCAUCCUGCAGAAGAAAUUGGCCUGGGAGUUCUCAACGUGCAGAAGGGCACAGAACCAUGAGUCCAGAAGGAACCCGUCACCUUCAGGAGCUCAGGUCUCCAGUAAGCGUCCAGCCGUGCACUGUGGCCGCAAGGACGGAGUACAGAUGAAGAAGCCCAGGAAUGGCUGCGACAGGCCAGGCUGGACAUCAGAGCCAAGGAUGAGGCAAUGGAAUGCAGGGCACCUUGAGAGCUGGUCCUGACCACACAGACCAAACCCUCCACUGUCCUCCUCACGGCCCGGGAGACAGAGGCCACGCCUUGAUCAGCUGUGUCUCCAGGGAGCCACCCACCUUGCCAGGUCUAAGGACGCUGCAGCACCCAGAGAGCAAUGGAUGGCUCCCGGCAGCUCUGCAGAGAGCGCGAGGCAACACGGGCACCUUGGACCUCACCCCCUCCCCCAGCUACAUGGGGCUCUGCGGGAUGGGAACUGAGACUCCCCACUCCCACGGGGGAAACGUGGCUGCUGGGGUCUUGUCUCAGGGAGCCCUCUCGGCCCUCCUGGCCUGGCUCCCAAUGCAGAUCCCACCCUCAGGAGGCCCGCAGAGAACCACCACCUCACGGCGGCAAGGUUCCAAGCCAGCUGCAGUGUGGAGGGAGGACGGGGUACAGGAACGGUACCAAGAAUGAAGCUAAGAGAAUAAAGCUGCCGCCCAGUGCUCCUUGAUCUCUGUCCUAUAAAUUCGGCACCUCACCACCUGGGGGGAGAGCAGAGAGAACACAGUUUAACUGGCUUAUUUCCUCCAACCCCCACCCCAUCCCGCUCAAGACAGGUAAAAAGAUCAUGCAGAAGACAAACCGUUACGUUCCAAAGCUGGACGGGCCCACAGAGCCCCUCUUGUCCACACCCACACUUAUAUAACUGGGAAACCGGAGCAAAGGCAAGGACCUGGCUUGCAAGUAGCUAGCUGGUGGCACGUGUCCCCUCUUCAGGGGGCUUCCCUGACCGCCCCAACUCAUUACUCUCUAUCCCAUUACUCUGUUUUAUUUUCUUCAUCACUAUGUGACAUACCGCCUUUCUUUAUUUGCUUAUUUCUUGAUGGCCUGCAACCUGUACCCCCCACCAAGAUCAAAGCUGCAUGACAACAGGGACCCAUCUGUCUGCUGCGCAUCACUGUGUCCCCAGCACAAGGUGGCUCUCCACACAUACCCCUUUGAUUAAUGAGCGGCAGAGUCAGAAUGCAGCUCUCCUGCCCCUCGGGCUGCUGUCACUCGCAGGGCUUCACUCUGGCUCUGUGACUGAAGCCUAGGAAGGCAGG